CCUUGAAAGUAGCAGCUCUAGCCUUUAGCUCAGUGCGGAUGCUGCCUGUAAUCCAUGGCUUCUGCUUGGGUUAUGUACGUAUGGUCACUAUGGGGACGGAGUCAUCAAUGCACUUAUUGAUUAAGCCAAUGACAGAAGUGCUGUACUCCUCAAUGCCAUUGGAGGAAUCCCGGGAACAUAUUCCAGUCUGUGCUAGCAAAACAGUCCUGUAGCUUAGCAUCUGCUUCAUCUGACCACUUUUUUAUUGAUCUAGUCACUGGUGCUUCCUGCUUAAUUUUUGCUUGAAAGCAGGAAUCAGGAGGAUGGAAUUAUGGUCAGAUUUUCCAAAUGGAGAGCAAGGGAGAGCUUUGUAUGCAUUUCUGUGUGUGGAGUAUAGGUGGUCCAGAGUUAUUUUCCCUCUGGUUGCACAUUUAACAUGCUGAUAGAAAUUUGGUAAAACUGAUUUAAGUUUCCCUGCAUUAAAGUCCCCGGCUACUAGGAGCGCCCCCUCUGGGUGAGCGUUUUCUCACUUGCUUAUCGCGGAAUACAGCUCAUUCAAUGCUAUCUUAGUGCAAGCCUCUGACUGUGGUGGUAUGUAAACAGCUACAAAGAUUAUAGGUGAAAACUCUCUCUGUAGGUAAUGUGGUCUGCAGCUUAUCAUGAGAAACUCUACCUCAGGUGAGCAAUAGCUCGAGCCUUCCUUAGAUAUCGUGCACCAGCUGUUGUUUAAAAAAAUACAUAGACCUUGUCUUACCAGAUGCCGCUGUUGUAUCGUAUAGCCAGCCAGCUUAAUGUUGAUAUUGUUGUCGUUCAGCCAUGACUCCGCAAAGCAUAAGAUGUUACAGUUUUUAAUGUCCCGUUGGAAGUUUAAUCUUCCAAAUAACUUGUCCAUUUUAUUGUCCAAAGAUGGCAUGUUUGCUAGCAGAAUUGAGGGGAGUGGGGGUUUAUUAGAUCGCCUCCGACUCCUCAGAUGGCAGCCCGCCCUCCAGCCUCUCUUUCUCCACCUUCUCUUCACGCAGAUCACUGGGGACGGGGCCAAUGUUCCCAAGGGAGCCGUAUAUCUUCCACCUCGGGUUCGUCAGAUUUUUGAAAGAAGAAAAAGGAUUCUGCUAGUCCGUGGUAGAAGGCUGUGUGUGCUGCUCGUGUCUCUGAUGUCAGCCGGGGGUCAUGAUUCAGACUGGAGCAGAUCCUGCAGGCCCCACCAAAGAAGCGUUGUCAGUGGUGAGUGAGGACCAGUCGCUGUUUGAGUGUGCCUACGGAACUCCCCACCACGCCAAGGCAGAGAUGACGGCAGCGUCGGCCAGCGAGUACAGCCAGACGGCCAAGAUGAGCCCCAGGGUGCACCAGGACUGGCUGUCCCAGCCGCCCGCCCGCGUCACCAUCAAGAUGGAGUGCAACAGUGGACAGGUCAAUGUCAAAAGGAACUCUCCUGAUGACUGCAGUGUGGGGAAGAACAGAAAAUUGUCCAGCGGAGGUGAGGGCGCUGCCCCCGUCACAUACAGCAGCAGCUACCUGGAGGACAAGCUCAUCGCUCCCCCCAACAUGACCACCAACGAGCGCCGCGUCAUUGUUCCCGCAGAUCCCACACUGUGGUCCACGGAGCAUGUGCGCCAGUGGCUGGAGUGGGCAGUAAAGGAGUAUGGCCUGCUGGAUGUGGAUAUGGCUCUCUUCCACAACGUGGACGGCAAAGACCUGUGCAAGAUGUGCAAGGAGGACUUCCAGAGGCUCACGCUCAGCUACAACGCAGACAUCCUGCUCUCCCAUCUGCACUACCUCAGAGAGACUCCACUUCCUCACUUGACUUCCGAUGAUGUUGACAAAGCCUUACAAAACUCCCCGCGGUUAAUGCAUGCUCGCAACACAGGAGGUGCGAGUUUUAUUUUCCCCAACACUCCUGUUUAUCCCACUGACAACUCCCCCAGAGUCUCCACUAGGCCAGACCUGGCUUAUGAAGCAGCCAGAAGAUCUGGCUGGGCUCCUCAAGCUGUGUCUUCCACCAAAGGUUCCCAGCCCUCCCCAACCAUUGUCACCAAAACAGAGGAGCAGAGGCCUCAGCUAGAUCCUUACCAGAUCCUGGGGCCUACAAGCAGCAGGCUGGCAAACCCCGACUGUGGCCGGGACUCAAACAAACCACAAUCCGCCGACAUCGCACUACUCUUGAGCUUUAAAGGCUCGGGACAGAUCCAGCUGUGGCAGUUCCUGCUGGAGCUCCUGUCAGACAGCGCCAACUCUGGCUGCAUCACUUGGGAGGGCACUAAUGGUGAGUUCAAGAUGACCGACCCUGACGAGGUGGCGAGGCGCUGGGGCGAGAGAAAGAGCAAGCCCAACAUGAACUACGACAAGCUGAGCCGCGCCCUGCGCUACUACUACGACAAGAACAUCAUGACCAAGGUGCACGGCAAGCGCUACGCCUACAAGUUUGACUUCCACGGCAUCGCCCAGGCCCUACAGCCUCACCCUCCAGAGUCCUCCAUGUACAAAUACCCCUCCGACUUAUCCUACAUGAGCACCUAUCAUGCACACCAGCAGAAGGUCAACUUUGUCACACCUCACCCCCAAGCGCUACCUGUCACCUCCUCCAGCUUCUUUGCUGCCCCCAACCCCUAUUGGAAUUCCCCCACCGGGGGUAUCUACCCCAACACCCGGCACCCAGCCACUCACAUGCCCUCUCACAUGGGGACUUACUAUUAGACCUGCCAGGGGGAGGUCGUCUCACAACUCUAAAACUGGGGGAAGAAACGGGAAUAAACCGGCAAACACAAAGGGCAGUUUAGGAACCAAAUGAAAAGCGGGCAGGAUCAAUAAUGAAGGAAUAAUGUAGAGGUAGGGUGUAUGAGGUAGAGGUAGGGUUUCAUGCCCUAUAAUUACUUGUGUAAUUUUAGGGCAUGAGCAGGUAAGGGAACUCAAGGUUUUUUAAAGGAUUGAGAGGAGGACUACAGACAUGUCGCUCGCUAUAAGACGAUAUAGGAGGGCACACUGUAAAAAGGGCAAUAGAGGAUGUUGCUAUGACCAAGGGCAUUGUGCGACAUGUAGUUACUGAGAACAGUGAAAGACAAGUCUUUGAGUAGACGUAAAAGGGAGUUAUCAGUGGACUAUUUAACAUGAACAUGUCCUUUUUAUGAAGGGCGAUAAAUAUACCCCAAAAAUAACAUAUCUGCAUGAACAGUUGCUUAUUAUAUAUUAUUUUUUUAAACUAUUAAACUACCUUAUUUAAAGAAGUUAACAUAUCAAAGACUGUACAGAUUAAGCAAGGUAAGUGAGAUGUAAGUGAGGAGAGGGGUGUGGUGUUGCAAAUGAGUGUGUACUUUAGAGUACACAGAGGAAGUAGGGAGGAGUACUAAACUUGGCUGUGGUAAACUGUGAAAUUAGCACCAGCAGGAAACACCUUGGGUAGACUUGUGCUAGAUGGUCAUGUCAUAUGACCAUGGAUGGACUCACAGACUGUUUGUGACCAAGGGUGGGGAAACAUCAAGAGAGGAUGGCGGAUCAUCAAAAGACAAUGAAAUAUGUGAAAAAGUAAGUAUUAUUCCUUUGGAUAUUAUUAGCCUUAUGUCUUAUCAGUAUUAUUAUACUAUAUGGUAGUCCAUAUGGCAUUAUUGAACGUAAAGGAACUUUUUUUAAACUUGAUUGUUAUUCUUGAAAACAAUUCAUCAGUGUUUUGGAAAUUGAGAAAAACUGGAAAUAAGAUUCGUAAAAUGUAAUGUGUGACCUCAAAUCUUUUUAGAAGGAAGGAGGGUUUUUCUUGACCAGUGCCUUACCACAGAAACUCCCAGUUCAGCUGAAGAGAUUUUAUGAAGUGCCAAUUUUGUAUUAUUGUUUUUCUGAGUCACGAACGCUGUGCGUUUGUUAGAUUGAAGUAUACAAGUCAGUGUUAUAUUUCUUUUUAUAUGAUAAAUAUAUAACUUAUGCAUUUAUACACUACGAGUUGAUCUCAGCCAGCCAAAGACACAUACAACGUUUUUAAAUUAGAUAUAGUGACAAAAAAAGUAAUUGAAAUGGACCAAAGCGGGCAGUAAACAAAAACAUUUUUAAAAAACUAUUGUUGCCUUUGAACUUUAAUCUCUGUAAACAGUUUACAACAUAAACUAUAUAUACUCAUCUAAAACGGAUUGUGUUGGCCAGGCAAGGCAUUUCAGACCUGUUCAGUAUUAUUUUAUGGGAUGCAGGCUUGGGUAGGACACCUAUAAACUGGCAGCCUUGUAAACUGAGAAACAGGACUGAGAUACUGAGAUUGUUGACUAAAGGGACGAUAAAAAUCAUAUACUUUGAUAGAUUUUCUACAGUGUAAUUUCUAAUAAAGUAUUUUCAACCAAA